CCCGCCCGACAUCGGCUUUUUGCCACCUUUCCCCCGCCAUUGAUCUCUGCGAUAAACGCGAGAGUGCUUAAAAUAAAGAUAACAUAAGAAAUUCGAAAAGCGAACGAACAUUACCCACGACUGCAUCACAAUCCCAGACGGAAUCGCUUCUGCCAGCCAUGCCGUCGAGCUCUACAGUGGUCGUGCGGCCCUUGGAGCCUUUGAAACCGGACCUUCGCGAGCGAGCUUGGCAGACAAUACCGCAUCCGACGCUUCCACUCGUCGCUACAGCUCAUGCUAAGAGUGUUACUGUCUUCUCCCUUGUCACGUUAUCAUCCCACAGCUCUCUCACUGGCGGACACGCGAGGUCGGUUCGCUGCUCAGCGUGGAAACCUGGGCUAUCCCCACACAAAUUGUGUCUCGUUACGGGCAGCUUCGAUUCUACGGCCGGCCUUUGGAGAUGGGAUGGCGAGCAAGUCGCAGAGUCAGAGAUGCAGCAUUCAGAUGCUGUAGAAGUCGAAGUUAGAGCCGACGGCAUCGUCGACAACAACGAGCCACAAAACGAUAAGGACUGGGAGUUUACGCUAGUACUAGAAGGCCACGAUUCUGAAAUCAAAUCAUGCGCUUUCUCGCCGUCAGGUACAUUUCUUGCUACUUGUUCACGCGACAAAUCAGUCUGGAUUUGGGAAGACAUUGGUGCCUCGGAAGAGGACGAUGAGUGGGAAACAGUUGCCGUCCUUAACGAACACGAAGGCGACGUGAAGGCUGUCGCCUGGUGCCCCGAUGUUCCCGGACGAAACACGAGGAGAACUUACAGCCCGGAGGUUCUAGCCAGCGCAAGUUACGAUAACACAGUCAGGAUAUGGAGAGAAGACGGUGAUGGAGAAUGGGUUUGCGUGGCUGUCUUAGAAGGUCAUACCGAAACGGUCUGGGGCAUUCAGUGGGAAGCUAAUCCCAAAGACGGCCAAUUUCCAAGACUCCUGAGUUACUCAGCAGAUGCGACCAUUCGAAUUUGGAAGCUACAGGAUGACGAUCAAAACGAGGGAGAAGACGGCACAUCUUCAAGAAGUACUCUUGGGGGUAUCCCAAACACUAUGCGGCGUUCACUUAGAGAGGAAUGGAAGUGCGAGAGUGUUCUUCCGAAGGCUCACGAGCGAGACGUUUACGCAGCUGCAUGGAGCGCUACUACGGGCUACGUUGCUAGCACUGGUAGCGAUGGCCACAUCAUCAUGUACGCCGAGGCUACUUCUGCGGCCAAUGAACCCAACGAGACACCAGUAUGGGAGGUUAUUGCAGAUGUCCCCAACGCCCACGGUCCCUAUGAAGUCAACCACAUUAUCUGGAGCAAACGAUAUGACAAUGGAGCAACUGCGAAGGGAGAGGACGAGAUUCUUCUUACAACUGGCGACGAUGGAUUAGUCCGACCAUGGACUGUCACUACAGAGUAAAAUCCUACAGCUGAUAGAAAAAAAGAAAUUAAAGAACGUUAC